GAGAUGGUAGUUUCAUCGUUGGCAUCGGUAUUUGGGGUAUGUUGGUUAGACUUAUUUGCUUAGACGUCGUUUCACCUGUCCUCACUGAGGGUGAUGCAUGGGCGAGUGUGGAUGUGUAUGAAAGGAAAUUAAUAGGCAUUUUUUGUUCAAUCAAAGCAG